AUGGAUCAUCCAAUAUGGGAAGCAUCAUCACCGCCACCAGAGGAUUGGCAAACCGAAGACGUCGAUCGCGAGUGGCAGCAUAACGGUAUCGUGAGCGAAGAAGUCGAUGCGUUUGGCAUAAAGCAGUAUGUCAAAUGGGCCGACUGGCAUCGGCCAGACAACACGAACACAACCUGGGAUCAAGGGCUCAAUGACAUGGACGCCGAACUGGAGGCAUGGAAUGAUAUGCAGACCGAGAAGCGUGUCAGAGAGGCCAAGGAUAGCUUGAGCAUCAAGAUACCCCUCGAUCUCGGCCAGCUUUGGCACGAAGAUGCCACUGUGGAGCUUUCGCGUGGUUACGAGGAGAAACGGCGCGAGAGCGCUCGCACUGGUCUUCAGCGAUAUGCUAAUUGGGAUAACGUUCCAAAGCUGACUGACAACGACUCUGAGUCCUCGGAGGACCAACAUGAUGAGCGCCGGGCAUGCACGAAUUUCACACAAUCGGACCCGAUUGAUAAGGUCAUCUACCAUUGGCACACAAGAAGAGGAUUUGCAGACAACGGACCGUUCCAUCGGGUCUCAAUGGCAGCAGUCGCGAUUGAAUACGUCGCAGUCCAGGCCAUUACCCCGACGGAAGCCGUCAUCGCGCCAAACACGUCGCCAUCAGAGGACAACACGCAACCUCGCAGGCCCAUCAAACCUCUCCCUCGCCGCCGCCAAAUGGUGCGGUCGGCAAUUGUGGAAUCGCCUGAAGCAUCCCCUGCACCGCUAUCUCGACCCUCUAGCUUGAAGGACGCUUGGAAUUUGGUCGCGAGAGGUGCCGGCGCGGCGCCUAUUUCUUUUGUAAACGAAGUCAAUUCUGAGCCUUACCCAUUGGGCCUGAACGGAUUUGAAUACUCUGCGACUGCGUGUCUCGUUGUGAAGAUGCGACAAGUUGCCAUUGCCAAGGGCCAUCGGAACUAUUGA